AGCUUUGCAAGUAUCGGGUCAUUACAAAUUGAAGCUCAUGAUUUAUUAUCAGAUCUCCUUGAUGACCAUGUCUCAAAUAAAGAUUUAUUAUCAGAUUUAAGCCACAACCAAUAUGCUUCAGCUAUUAACUACCAAUUAAAUCUUGCUCUCAAGUGCCAUGGUAGUGUAAAAUAUUUAAAUAGUGUUAAGGAUAAAGCCAGCUCUUUAUUAACUAAAAUGAUUAUCAAAGAAUGGGGAAGCUCAAAUAACAUGAAGCAAGUUGCAAAAAAGACAUCAGUUUUGAAGAAAUGUAAUUCAAUUAUCUUUUAUAAAAACAGUUUUAACAACUAA